CAUCCUAUUAACCAGGACAAAGUAUAAUUAAUAGGAUCCCUAUAACUGCUUAAUUAAAAUCACAUCCAAGUUUUGUUAUUCAGUCGUUAUUCCCCUUCAUAUCCAUAUCCUAACUUUCCUGCUCAGAAAGGUAACUUUCCAGAGGUCCUAGCUAGCUCUAAUACAAACAGUUUCAGGCUUAGAAGCUGCGAUGGAUUCAAUGAGAGGACAAGGAGGCAUUCAGAUGCUACUCAUUGCUGAACAGGAAGCCCAACAAAUUGUUUAUGCUGCUAGAAAUGUUAAAAUGACAAGGUUGAGGCAAGCAAAAGAAGAAGCUGAGAUGGAAGUGACAAAUUAUCGUUCCCAUCUGGAAGUUGAGUACAAACAGAAACUAUCUGAGACCAGUGGAAGUUCCGACUCAACCGAAAAGAGGCUUGAGAUAGAAACUGAGCAAAAGAUUCAGCAACUGAAGAAAGCAGGCUCCGAAGUAUCUCCUGAUGUUAUUGCAAUGCUCAUGAAAUACAUUUCAACUAUUAAAACUUAGAUUCGUGAAGGUACUAAAUAAUAGAGAAAAUGACAAAAAUGGUCCUUUAUAUUUAAGGAUAGGUUCAAAAUAAUCUCUUAACUGUGCAUUGAACAGUUUUGGUCCUUAAGUCUAUCAAAUAUUUAUUGAACUGUCUAUUAGAUUUGACAGGAAUUAUAUAAUAUUUAGAGGUGCACUUUUUUUUGUCUAUGUUUUUUUUGAUUUAUUUUUGCGUGUAGUUUCAGUUAUUUUUAUACCUUUUUAGUAUUUAGUGUAGUUUUUUCUAUGUUGCAUAUUUUAGGAUUUGUGGGACUUUUUUGAUAUUUAUGGUUAAAUUUUUCUUUUUCAACGUUCCGAUCAAAUUUAACAGAUAGAGGUUGGUAAGUAUUUGACGUAGACUAGAAGUGUUAAUUGUUAACAAACUUAAUAGACCAAACCUGUUCAACACAUAUUUAAAAAACUGUUUUGAACCUAUCCUAUAACAUAAUACCAUUUUUGUCAUUUUCUCCUAA